CUAAAGUUCUUGUUGAGUUCUGUGUAAAGCUGCUCAGAAGUGAGUGUGUGAACCUGAGCACAGUUGAGAGAUGAGCGUCUCGAUGAUUUCACUUCGUCCAGUGGCUGUGAAAUGGCGGCGCUCGUCCUCCUGUUCUUCUUCCAUCUGAUUCUGGACAUUCGCUCUCAAAAUGUUCCUCAGCUGCUCGUGUCUCCUGAAGUUCUCACAGAGAGAGGAUCAGUGGAGCUUCACUGUUCUGUUCCACACAAUGUUAAAGUGUCUCGGUGUUCUUUCUACCCAGAGGGAGACGACACAAAUAUUAAACUCUCUCCAUCUCCAUCAUGUCGGCUCUCAGUCACUGGUUCUGAUCUGAUCAGGUGGACAGGACGCAGGUCUCCUGGAACACUUCGGAUUAUUUGUUUCUAUGUGUUGGAUAACUCUGUUCGUUCUCCUUCUCCUCACUCUCGCCCAGCUCCAGUCACAGUGCUGAAUCAGAAACCAAAGCUAAGCGUCAGUCAUGAUAAUCAGUUUGAUGAAUUCAGAUUUUCAUGUGAAAUCCCAGGGUCAGAGUCAGUAACUGCUGAUUUGAGCUGUAAUCUCUACACUGGAGAAAAAACUCCGCUUUUCCAAAACCAAAGAUCUCAAAAGAGUACAUCUGGGAAGGUUUGUAUUUUUACAGCACAGGGAAAUGAUGUGUUUAAUCGUCUGCAGUCAGUAAAGAGUCGUGAAGUGAGCUGUGAUUAUUCAGUGACCUCUGACCCGACUGCUCGCUCUCCGAUGAGUGAGAAAUACAACAUGAUGCGUUUCUUUCCUUCACCAACACAGUCGUCCAUCACUCCUGAGAAAUCUCCUGCACAUGUUCCUCAGCUGCUCGUGUCUCCUGAAGUUCUCACAGAGAGAGGAUCAGUGGAGCUUCACUGUUCUGUUCCACACAAUGUUAAAGUGUCUCGGUGUUCUUUCUACCCAGAGGGAGACGACACAAAUAUUAAACCCUCUCCAUCUCCAUCAUGUCGGCUCUCAGUCACUGGUUCUGAUCUGAUCAGGUGGACAGGACGCAGCUCUCCUGGAACACUUCGGAUUAUUUGUUUCUAUGUGUUGGAUAACUCUGAUCGUUCUCCUUCUCCUCACUCUCGCCCAGCUCCAGUCACAGUGCUGAGUAAGAUCAACAUUACACCGAGUGUGUAUUAUUGUCUGUGUGGAUCAUAACAUUUCUAA